AUGAGUUUACAAGAGCCGGGAAUUUCUAUUGAUGAGGUAUUAGAAGCUUAUACUGAAAAUUCAGAACCGAUUCAGGAGUUAAAAACUCAAUGCUUCACAUCACCUAUCCCUUGGAAUAAUGCUCUUAAAUUUCCGAAUAAAACCAUAGCAGUGGAAGCAUAA